GAUAUUUUUGCAAAGGACCAAAAAAAGGAGACAUCUUAUCUAAUAUCUCCCCUAUCGAGUGGGUAAGAAAAAACUGAAACAGAAAUGGCGAAUUCACUAUGCUUCUUCUCUUCUCCUCCUACCUUUUGCUUCCAGUCUCCCAUCAAAACCCCUAAACCUACUCACUUCUUCCCACUAGGUGAUAAGAAGUCGUCGUUGGCUCAGAAAGGAGAAGUGCUUCAGACUUCCAAAUCCAAAAGCUUCGAAAUUCAGGCCACAGACGGUACUCAGACCACUAAAAUGAGCAGCAUAGUUUGUCAAAAAUGUGAAGGGAAUGGUGCUGUGGCAUGUUCUCAAUGCAAAGGGGGUGGUGUGAAUUUGAUUGAUCAUUUUAAUGGGCAGUUUAAAGCUGGUGGCCUCUGUUGGCUUUGCAGAGGUAAAAAGGAGGUUUUGUGUGGAGAGUGCAAUGGAGCUGGUUUCCUUGGUGGUUUCUUGAGCACCUUCGACGAGUAAUAGAGAAAAGCUUCUUACAAAAUGAAUUUUGUGCUAUAAUCACUCAUGAACACUCUUUAUAAACCUUAGAAGAGGUUUCUCUCUAUGAACGCUCUUCUUCUAAACCCAUUAUGUAUUACUAUUUGUUAUUGAACACCAUGUUUUAUUGCACUUUUUUGUUUCUUUA